AUGGCCCGCUCGGCAGCCCCUGGCCUCCCGCUCCCCGCCACCGCCCUGCUGCAGGACUGGGGCUGCUGCAGACCCCCGGACCCCGAGGGCUACAGCAGCAGCUCACCCGCACCCUCGCCCGACUCCUGCGGCCUCUCGUCCCCCGCUGCCGCCCAGGGACCCUGCCGCGGCCCCGCUGGGGUCCGGGGCCCAGGGCCGGGGGGCCCGCGGCAGAGCGCCAGCGAGCGGGAGAAGCUGCGGAUGCGGCGGCUGGCGCAGGCGCUGCUGCGGCUGCGGCACUACCUGCCGCCCGCGCUGGCGCCCGCGGGGCAGAGCCUCACCAAGAUCGAGACCCUGCGCCUCGCCAUCCGCUACAUCGCCCACCUCUCAGCCCUGCUGGGGCUCAGCGAGGAGGCGCUGGCCCGGCGGCGGGGGGCGGCCCCCCGGCACUGCCCCCUCUGCCCCCAGGGCCUGGGGUGCUGCCAGCCCCCAGACCCCCGCCUGCACCCACCGACCCCGGCCCCGCAGGAUGCUUCGCCACCUGGCACUGUGGGCUGGGGGUCACCUCCCAUGGUGGGGACCCCCCCGGAGCUGCACGGGGCUCCCGGCAUGGGGACGGGAGCCUGGGGGUCGCCCCCCUAUGGCCCUGCUGCGGGGACCCCCCCAGCGGUGCUUGGGGUUCCCGACAUGGGGAUGGGGGCCUGGGGGUCACCCCCCUGUGUCCCUGCAAUGGGGACCCCCCAGGAGAUGCACGGGGCUGUUGCCUCCAACGUGUCCUCCUGGCUGUCCCCUCCUCACUGUGCAGGGGCAGGGGCCCCCCCGGACCUCCCCAGCGACCCCCUCCUGGAUGCGGGGCUGAUGCUGCCGGAGUUCGUGGAUGCAGGGACAGUCACCCAGGACCUCUGCGACCUGCUCUCUCUCUUGGAGGCUCUGCUCCCGCCACAGCCCCAGGACUGA